AUGGCAGAAGAGGGGGAUAACGGCGGCGGUGUGAAAACGGGUACCGUGAAGUGGUUCAAUGAUCAAAAAGGGUUUGGAUUCAUCACUCCUGAUGAUGGUAGUGAGGAUCUGUUCGUCCAUCAGUCUGCGAUAAAAACUGAGGGUUUCCGAAGCCUUGGCGAUGGUGAGAAUGUGGAGUUCGAAGUUGAGUACGGCAGCGAUGGCCGCGCUAAGGCUGCCAACGUGACUGGACCUGGUGGGGCUUCUGUUCAGGGAAGCACCAGAGGCUAUGGCGGUGGUAGUGGUGGUGGCGGCGGCAGCGGCGGUGGGGGAGGCGGCGGAAGAGGUCGUAGAGACGGAGGCGGUGGUGGUUACGGCUACAACGGAGGCGGUGGUGGCUACGGCUACAACGAAGGCGGUGGAAGCAGAGGUGGAAGCCGUGGAGGCGGCGGGUAUGGCGGUGGAGGGUACGGUGGCGGAGGAGGUGGUAGUGGCUGUUUUAAGUGUGGUGAGUCUGGACAUAUGGCUAGGGAAUGUCCUCAGGGAGGCGGUGGCGGUGGAGGCGGUGGCGGUGGAAGAUAUGGAGCUGGAGGCGGUGUAGGUGGCGGAGGAAGCUGCUACAACUGCGGUGAAGGUGGUCACUUUGCCCGUGAAUGCCCCAAUGCCAACCGUUGA